GAGUUUUUGUUUGGUGAGAAAAAAGAAGCUUAGCUCAUGUGUAUAAAAUUCACUCACUCGUUCCAUCUCUCUGUCUCUCAAACUCAAAUAAAUCUUCCUAGAUAAUGUCAUUUUUAUGUUUAUAAAAUUCAUUCUAUUCUUGUAGAACUUUUAAAAAAACUAUAUAUUCAUCACACUUCUUUGUAGGCAGAUUGUCAAUCACUAUGGAGAUGUUUUGGUUUCUUUUGCUCUUAAGUUUUGCUGCGGCUUCUUCCAUUAUCACACCAUCAGGAGCUACUAGCAGUGACAUCAACAGUACUACUGCAUGGAGGAGAGGUGAUAAUCUUAAGGACCCAAAGAUACUAAGAAUGUUUGUUGAUGAACUUCCAACUAUGCCUAGAGUUAGAGGUUAUCACCUCAAAGAUGGUCUACCUGUUUCCAAGAAACUCAAGAUUGGCAUGUUCCUCAAGAAAUGGAAAUUCCACAAAGACCUGCCACCAACUAAAGUUUUCGCAUUUGGUGUAUCAAAAAGAAGAGCAACAGUUCCUGGUCCAACAAUUGAAGCCAUCCACGGUGUCGAUACUUACGUAAAGUGGCAAAAUCAUCUCCCUGAGAAGCACUUAUUACCAUGGGAUCCAACAAUACCAACUGCCAAACCAAAGAAAGGUGUCCCGACUGUGACACACCUUCACGGCGGUAUAAUUGAACCACAAAGUGACGGCCAUUCUAAUGCAUGGUUCACCGCUGGAUUCAAAGAAACCGGUCCAACAUUUUCUAAAAGAACGUAUCGGUAUAAUAAUCAUCAACAACCUGGAAAUCUAUGGUAUCAUGAUCAUGCAAUGGGGUUAACUAGGGUCAACAUAUUAGCUGGUCUUUUCGGGUCGUACAUCAUUCGUCAUCCUGAGAUUGAAGACCCCUUACAGCUUCCAUCUGGUCAUACAUACGAUCAAACGCUCGUUAUCUUCGACCGUAUGUUUAACGUCGAUGGUUCUAUAUACAUGAACAAGACUGGUGAUAAUCCUUCCAUACAUCCACAAUGGCAGCCGGAAUAUUUUGGCAACAUGAUUAUUGUCAAUGGUAAAGCAUGGCCGAAGAUGAGUGUCCGACGUAGGAAGUAUAGAUUCCGUAUACUCAAUGCAAGUAAUGCUAGAUUCUUCAGAAUGUUAUUCUCCAAUGGUUUGAGAUUUAUCCACAUCGGAUCCGAUUCUGCUUAUAAUAAACGUCCGGUCGUGGUUGAUAAACUUCUAUUGGCUCCAUCCGAGAUUGCUGAUGUGGUCGUCGAUUUCUCCACGUCACCAUCUGAUGAAGUCAUAUUGCUCAAUGAUGCCCCUUAUCCAUUCCCAGGUGGUGAUCCCGUUGACCAAGUCAACGGGAAAAUCAUGAAGUUUCUCAUUAAUAAGAAGCAUGAAGUUGACAAGAGUCAUGUGCCCCAGAGACUGAUCGAGUACCCGGUUGCGGAUGUUUCGGGUGCUUCGCGAACGAGAUACAUAGCCAUGUACGAGUACACUAGCAGCAUCGAUGAACCAACACAUCUGUAUUUGAACGGGAAAUCUUACGAUGAAAAGGUUACUGAGAUACCUAAAAUUGGGACAAGUGAAAUAUGGUACGUGAUUAAUCUGACAGAGGAUAAUCAUCCAUUGCAUAUACAUCUAGGAUUGUUCACAGUACUAGACCGAAAAGAAAUCGUAAACUUGGAUGAAUUCAAAGAAUGUAUGACGAAGAACAACGAUCCGAUUAAGUGUGAAGUAAGCAAGUAUGCAAUAGGCAGAGGAAUUGGUGUUCCUAGACAUGAGCAAGGAUGGAAAAAUGCGUUCAAAAUGCAACCAGGUUUCAUGACGGAGAUUCUUGUUCGAUUUUCUCACAUUCACUCAAACGAGUCCUAUCCAUUCGACGCAUCAGCUGAACCUGGCUACGUAUACCACUGUCAUAUUCUGGAUCAUGAAGACAAUGCAAUGAUGAGGCCUCUGAAGUUGGUAGCUUGAGCAAUGACACUGCAAUGGGUUCUAGAAAGGAUGCACAUGUAUAGACACCAAAAUCAUGAUAUGAAUUGAGAGCAGGCUACAAGUUCAAAUGCAGGAGGAAGGGUAUUUUAUUUGUUUACAGUUGUAUAUGUUAGAGCAAAAACGCAAUAAAUAAGAUGAAAUAAUUUUGCCAGAAAACUUGACAUGUAAAAUACUUUGAACGUUGUUACUUUGACUAAAGUUUAACAGUGACGCUAGUUUUCACGAAA